ACUGCCUAAAAAAUGCAGGAAACCCUCGAGACAUGCGGAGAUUUCAGGUUGUGGUAUCUACAACAGUCAACGUGGAUGGUCAUGUCUUGGCAGUGUCAGAUAACAUGUUUGUACACAACAACUCCAAACACGGGCGGAGGGCUCGAAGGCUUGAUCCUUCGGAAGCUACACCAUGUAUCAAAGCCAUCAGUCCAAGUGAAGGAUGGACUACGGGAGGUGCCACUGUCAUCAUCAUAGGAGACAAUUUCUUUGAUGGGUUACAGGUCAUAUUCGGCACCAUGCUGGUCUGGAGUGAGCUUAUUACACCUCAUGCAAUCAGAGUUCAGACACCACCCCGACACAUCCCUGGCGUAGUAGAGGUCACAUUGUCCUACAAGUCCAAGCAGUUCUGUAAAGGUACCCCUGGAAGAUUCAUCUAUACAGAUCUCCUUGUAGUGUCACAAACUGUUUUUGAAGAAUCUGAAAGUGGUUUGCCAUGUGGCAUGGCAACAUCUGAUCAAGAAGAGUAUCUGAGUCCAGCUGGGUUCAUAUAA